CUCAUCAACGCAUGCUCAGUAGUAUUCUUUGUUCGCCAUUAUUUUGCCUUCAAAUUGUACAUUUUGACUUCAGCUUUUCAUGGAAAAUGUCUCAUACAAUAUUGCUUGUCCAGCCUGGAAGUCGGCCUGAAACAAGAACCUAUUCUGACUAUGAAACACAAGAUGAAUGCAUGGAAGGAGUCUGCAAAAUAUUUGAAGAGCAUCUGAAGCGAAAUAACCCAAGUACCCCAUCCAUUACUUACGAUAUUAGCCAACUGUUUGAUUUCAUCGACGAAUUGACUGAUCUUAGCUGUUUAGUGUGUACUUCAGACAAAAUGUAUGCACCUCAUAACAAAGAGUGGAUUAAACAGCAAAUUUAUAUCAUGCUCCGUAAACAGGCUGGCAAAUGAGCGUUAAAACUUACCUGUUGUAUCAGCAGCUGCAGGAUAUUUUCCCCUAGUUUCUGAUUAUAAUACUUCACAUUCGCAGUUGAUUUCAUUUAUUUUUCAUAUAAUUGGAAGCUGUAAGUUCUUUGAAGUAUGCAUGCAAUAAAAUAAUCGACUAGUUUUUCUGUU